AGAGCAGCACCUCCAUACGAGGAAAGUCAGAAGUGGGCGUGAUCUUGUUUGCCCAGUUUGGCGCCUCACCUUAAACUCACCCUCCAUACACCUUCCCCUAAAAACAUCAUGCACGAAACGAUGAGAAGGGAAGAAACCUGUGGACGGAGAGAGGGUAAGAGGGGCUUCCCAUGACGAGGUCCUGCGACGUCGGGCGCCGGGUGAUCUUCCCAGCUCUUCUUCUGCUUCUUCUCCUUGUGUUCUCUCUCUACCUGUCUCCUGUGGAUCGAUCUGUUUCGACAUUCUUUAGCACCAUCCAAAACAGCGGCCGCAAUGCCACUCGAGUCUUACCUUCGAUCUCUUUGGACACCCUUAAGUCUUCCCUCCAUGUUGCUCCCCAUCAGACCAAUCCUACUUCAGUCCAAAUUAACACGGUGCAGAAGGAGAUAAGCGGUUUGCAGAGAAUAGAGAAGGAUUUAGCUAGAGCCCGAGCAGCGAUUCGCAACGCGGUUCGUGCCCAGAACUAUACGUCGGACAAAGUGGAGACGUUCGUCCCCAAGGGAUCCAUCUACCGGAAUGCUUACGCGUUUCAUCAGAGUCAUAUCGAGAUGGCGAAGAGAUUCAAGAUAUGGAGCUACAGGGAAGGAGAGCUGCCCUUGGUGCAUGUAGCGCCAACGCACAACAUCUACGCCAUCGAGGGUCAGUUCAUCGACGAGCUGGAGAGCGGCCUCAGCCCCUUCUUGGCCCGCCGCCCCGACCAGGCCCACGCCUUCUUCUUGCCAAUGAGCAUCACCAACAUCGUAACCUACCUCUACAUGCCCAUCACCACCUACGACAGCGACCAACUCAUUCGCACCUUCACGGAUUAUGUCGAUGUGGUGGCGCACAAGUACCCUUUUUGGAACAGAAGCCGCGGCGCCGACCAUUUCAUGGUCUCUUGCCAUGAUUGGGCACCAGGGGUCACGCGAGCAGAUCCAAACAAGUUCAAGAACUUCAUAAGAGUGCUUUGCAAUGCAAACACAUCUGAGGGAUUCAACCCCACAAGAGAUGCCUCACUUCCUGAGUUCAACUUGCAUCCUUACAAGCUCACCAUACCCCAUCUCGGGCUGCCGCCGAGCAAGCGCCACAUCUUUGCCUUCUUCGCCGGUGGAUCACAUGGGGACAUCAGGAAGAUCCUGCUUCGCCAUUGGAAGGACAAGGACGGUGAAGUCCAAGUCCACGAGUACCUCCCGAAGGGGGAAAACUACAUGCAAUACAUGGGCCAGAGCAAGUUCUGCCUUUGCCCGAGCGGCUUCGAGGUGGCGAGUCCCAGGCUGGUCGAGUCGAUCCACUCGGGGUGUGUCCCCGUGAUCAUUUCGGACCACUACCCGCUGCCGUUCAGCGACGUCCUCGACUGGAGCAAGUUCUCGAUAACAGUACCCGUCGAGAAGAUUGCGGAGAUGAAGGAUAUACUGAAGCGGGUCUCGGACCGCAAGUACUUGAAGUUGCAAAGGAGAGUGACCCAAGUGCGGCGGCAUUUCGAGCUGAAUCGGCCGGCGAAACCGUUCGACGUGCUUCACAUGGUGCUGCACUCAGUUUGGCUUAGGAGGCUCAACGUUGGCUUGGCGAAGUAGUUCAGCACCAAGCACAUCGUCAGUGCCCUCUUCCCUGUGAAAUGUCCUAGGGGGCGAUUGUUUGAGUACGAUAAGACGUUAAAUUGUAAAUUUAU